AUGUCGAGUUCUGCCUCUGGCGACUCGGGCGGUGGCCGUUCCAUGGAGUCACGAGUGGGUAGAAGCAAGCAACGUGAGUCUUUACCUGAUGCGCAAUACAAUGUUUUCAGUUUGAAAGUAUCCUUCUCGGCACAUUUGACCUCCUUGGCUUUUUAUGAAAGCAUAUGUCUUGGUGUCUUCUAUACCAUCCUUGUUGCCCAUUUUUGUGGUGUGAUGGAUUUGAAUCCAACCACAAUUUCCUACGCUCGCCUGGGCACAAUUGGACAACUUUCCGACAGUUACAACACUAAGGGCGAACGUCUCGUCGCUGGCAUCGUGCCUCUCACUCCCGAUCAAAACUAUGUCCUAUUGAUUCAGUCUACCCGGCGCAAAGGCUGGGUGCUGCCCAAGGGCGGCUGGGAGUCUGACGAGACUUGCCAGGAGGCCGCUGAGCGAGAGGCCUGGGAAGAAGCUGGCAUCACUGUUCAGAUCACUUAUGAUCUUGGUGACAUCGAUGAGAAGCGUGCGCCAAAAUCGUCAAAAGAUCGGUCAAGAUACCACUUCUUUGAGGGCACAGUAACCAGCGAGUAUGACGAUUGGCCCGAAUCCCACAAGCGAGAACGCCAGUGGUUUACAUUUGCCCAGGCAUGGGAGGCGUUAUCAACAAGACCAGAGCUACAGGAGGCCUUACAACGGUCUACUGUAAACCGUCAAUAG